CUUCCACGAUGGGAGACAGCCAUUCAGACAAAUCUGAUCAAAUAUUUGGAAGUCAAAAUAUUUGUUAAUUUUGAAUUUUUGUCAGUGGCUUAUUUAAUUGAUUUUUUUUUCUUUUUUUUUUCUUUCUUUUUUUUAAUUGUUACAGCCAUGAGGACCUUCAUAGUAUUCAUUUGCCUACUGGCUGGAGCAUUCCCUUUAUCUGUAGAAAAUAAUCGGCAUGGAAAAUACAGGACUCCCCACAAGGCCAAAGAAAAGGACAUGGUCACUGAGGAGGCCAACAAGGUGGCAGUUUUACCCACGUUAGUGACUGUUGAAGCCAGCAGUCAGGAGCAGGAGGAAGGGGAAGCCAGUGUGGAAGACAAUACUAAUGCAAAGAAAAAGACCAGCAAGUUGGUGACCACAAAGGCUAAAAGCGAGGUGGUUCUGUUGAGCGAGAAGGAACUUAAUGACCUUCUCCAGAAGGAAACAACAGAAGAGGAAGAAGCAGAGAUGAAUGAUGACGGGAACACAGGUGCAGAUGAAGAGGAGUUCAGACAAAUAGCAGAGGUGCAACAAAAGAAGCUGGAAAUGAAGCAAGAGGAGCUGGUCCAAAACAAGAGCAUAGGAGAUACUGAAAUGUUGAUGAAUGAAAACAAAGACUCCGAAGUGGAGAUGAAACUCAAGGAAUAUGAACAAGAGUCUAUUGGAGAUGAAAAUGGUGCUUUGUUAGAAGAAUCUGAAGGCAGCACAGAGUCUAAGAUCCUGUCCAGCCUUGACUACGCUGGUGACAGCGCAAUUGUGCCACCACUACGCUUCAUGCUAGCCAAAGUCCAAGCCCUCAGAGAUGACCUAAAGCCCGUGUCUGCAUCAGAUAACAAAGAUGGCGAAGUUAUAAAUCACGAUGUGAUGCAAAACACGGAAGGAGCCGAAUACCACAGAGCGGCAAAUCAGGAUCACAUUCAAGACAACAAGGCCAAAGAUGCAGCGACAAAGCUGGCAGAAAAGGAUGAGGAGAAGGCCAAGGUCGAGAGUGGAACUAAUGCCAGUGGAAAAAUGAGGAGACCAAAAAAGAACCAAAGUGCAAGGAACCACUUGCAACACACGGAGGAAAAAGAAGACGAACAGGAGCAGAACCAAGAGGGACCUCAGGAGAUGGAAGGAGGACUCGAUAAGGCAAAGAGGAGAAGAGCAGGACAAUGGGGCCCUUUAGUAGGCGUGAACCCAGUCCAGAUAAGGGCCAAAGUGGAUCUCUAUCCGAAUGCCAGGCCCUCUCCCCCCGCAGAAGCCCCCCCUGAUCCAUGCGAUGACUUCCACUGCAAGCGUGGAAAAAUGUGUAAACUUGAUGAAGAUAAUAAGCCAAAUUGUGUAUGCCAGGAACCCUCGGAAUGUCCCUCCAGCUUGAAUGAUUUUGAGCAUGUGUGUGGGACGGACAACAAGACGUACAUCACAUCAUGUGAACUCUUUGCCACUAAAUGCAAUCUGGAAGGCACCAAAAGGGGGCACAAGCUUCAUCUGGACUACACGGGACCUUGCAAAUUGAUCCCGCCAUGUGUGGACACAGAACUUGUCCAGUUUCCGCUGCGAAUGAGGGAUUGGCUGAAAAAUGUGCUGCUGCAGCUUUAUGAACACGACUCCGAGUCCCCGGGCUUCCUCACCUCGAAGCAGCGAUUCAGGGUGAAGAAAAUAUUUGAGAGCGAGCGACGUCUUCGUGCUGGUAAUCACUCUGCCGAGCUACUGGCUCAAGACUUUGAGAAGAACUACAACAUGUACAUCUACCCCGUGCAUUGGCAAUUUGCUCAACUGGACCAGAACCCCUCUGACAGAGUCUUGUCCCAUUCAGAACUGGCCCCGCUCCGGGUCCCUCUGGUCCCCAUGGAGCACUGCACCUCUCGCUUCUUUCACGAGUGUGACGCUGACAAGGACAAGCAGGUGUCCCUCACAGAGUGGACCUCCUGCUUUAGCAUCAAGGAUAAUGACAUUGACGUCAACCUUCUGUUCUAAGCCUCACUUUGUAGCUCAUUGACAGUGCCAACGCUUGACGCGCUCCAGCAGUGCAACUCUCAGCAUAACACUGUAGUUGUACUGCAGUAGAAGAACAAAAAGUUUUG